GUCCUGCGAUUGCGGCCGGGGGCCGGCAACAACUCCUUGCCUGUGGACAAGCGGCAGUACAAUGGCAAGACUGCAACGAAGACCCCGUCAGUGGAUGCCUUCAUGACGUACUUUUACUGGAAUCUCGCGGAACCCCUCGCGGAGACACCGGUGGAGACCAUUGACAAUGCAGCCUUCACUGCCAGUGGGCUUUUCCUGCCAGGAGACACGUCGUCCGAGCUUCCCUUUUCGCUCUACGGGCAGGCCAGUGUCUACAAUGCCAGCAGCAUGCGAGACAAUCCUGUCGCGGCGACUGAGCUGCUUGCACCUGGCAAAGGCGAGAGAGGAG